AUGGACCGUUCAGUCCAUGACGGUCACGUUUUACGUGAUCUUGCAAUUGUCAAUAAGAACCGUCAAACACUGCCAGGGCCAACAUUGCUGCACGAAUUAAUUGCAUCCACCCCGAGUGAGGAACUUAUUCUGGACUUCUUGAACUCUGAUGGCAGCCGGGUGAAGCUCACUUACGACGAGUUCCACCGCUUGACCGACAUUCUUUCUCGGGAUAUUGGAGACCAAAUAUCGAGACUGGAAAAUCGCCCGCGUGUCAUUCCGGUCAUCCUGCCGCAAUGUCCAGAGCUAUAUAUCACGUGGGUGGCUGUGUUAAAGGCCGGUGCAGGCUUUUGCCCAGUCAGUCAGGAUGUCCCUCCGGAAAGACUGAAAUUCAUUGUCAAGGACGUGGAGGCAUCCUUUGUCCUGACCACUGCCACCACUUUGCCCUCCUUGCGGGAUCUUCUUCCAGACGCCAGAUCUGUGGCGGUGUCACUCAAAAGUCUAGAGUGCCGACUGCGUUCUAAUGGUCAAAGCGAUGCACAUCGUCUUCCACUCCCGCAGGUCGAUCCCUCCGGACCGGCAUACGUGAUGUAUACGUCCGGCUCCACAGGACUUCCUAAAGGUGUCAUGGUAUCGCAUCGUUCCGUAUCGCAGUCACUACUUGCGCACGACGAACAUAUCCCCUCUUUCAAACGAUUUCUACAAUUUGCUUCACCCACGUUCGAUGUAUCAAUAUUUGAGAUAUUUUUUCCAUUUUACCGAGGGGCAACACUGGUGGGCUGCGAGCGCGAGCGCAUGCUCUCAGAUCUUCCGGCUACCAUUCAACUUCUCAAUGCUGAUGCUGCCGAACUUACACCCACUGUGGCGGGCACAUUAUUGAGGACCAGAAGAGCGGCCCCUGGCCUUCAGACACUAUUAACAAUUGGAGAAAUGCUCACGUCACAGGUGGUCUCCGAGUUUGGAGGCGACUCCGAAAGACCCAGCAUGCUGUACGCAAUGUACGGCCCUACCGAAGCCGCUAUUCACUGCACCCUUGCCACCAAAUUAGCCUCCACUGCCUCUGUCCGCAGGAUUGGACGCCCUCUCGCAACAGUGACUGCUGUGGUGUUAAAAGAAUCCGAACGUCCUGAAAUAGCAUCCAUGGGCGAAUCGGGUGAAUUGGCCGUCACAGGCCAGCUUGCCGAUGGAUACCUCAAUCGACCCGAUCAGAACAAAGCAGCAUUCGUCGAACUUCCCGGUUAUGGCGCUGUCUACAAAACCGGAGAUCGGGCAAUAUGUCGACCAGAUGGCGAGCUCGAAAUACUUGGCCGAAUGGCUUCUGGCCAAGUCAAACUCCGAGGUCAAAGAGUCGAGCUAGGUGAAAUCGAAGAAGUGGCCUCCAAGGUUCACGGCCUUCAACUGGCGAUCGCCAUCGUCAUUGACGAUGUCCUUGUCCUUUUCUGUGCUGCAAGCCAGGAGGUUCGGCCCGCGGACGUCUCUACAAUGUGCAAAUCUUGGUUACCGCCGUACAUGCGACCGGGAGAAAUAGUUUUCCUUCAAGGUGACGAAGUUCCACGACUGCCUUCUGGUAAAGUUGAUCGCAAGGCUCUCGAACGAGACUUUCGAGAGUCCCGGCCAUCUGCGCACGACGAUGAAGAGCCGAAAGACCGCACCGAGAGAGACUUGGCCCGAGUCCUUGAAGAAGAGCUCGGCCGAAAGAUCGACAGAUCAACCUCCCUUUGGUCGCUAGGCCUUGAUUCCCUUCGAACAAUCAAGAUCGCCUCUAAACUUCGCCAGAAGUACCCGUUCAUUAAUGCGGCUCUGUUCACAGAGAGAGAUAACGUGGCCGAGCUUGCCGCAUUGGUCAAAAGCUCAACAUCCUCAGAGAAUUAUCCAAGAUCAGAGUUAGAGUAUGAAACGUCAGAUGAAUGGCAAGCAGUCAAGGAAAAUCUGUGCAAGGACCCGACUCUUACUGCCACUGCGUCGUCCUGGGAAAGCCUUCUCCCGUGCAGCAGUAUGCAGGUCGCAAUGUUGGCCGAAACCGCCAAAAGUGACGAUCAAAAUUUCAACGAGAUCCGGCUCAGCCUUGCUUCCGAGGUGAAGUUCGAGGACUUGCGACGAGCUUUCCAUACGCUGGGGAGACAAAAUCGGAUCUUGCGAUCUGGAUUCAUUUCGACGCGGCAACGAGAAAUGCCUUUUGCUCAAGUGGUUUGGCAGGACAUCAGAGAUACUGACUUGAAUUUGCUUCACCCGCUACAGAUAACAAGACCUUCCUCCUGCGAUGAAGGCGAAGCCGUUGUUCGCAUCCACCAUGCGCUGUACGACGGAUGGUCCUGGGACCUUGUCCUGGAUGAUCUGAAUGAUCUCUUAUCCGGACGGAAGACGCCGCAAAGGACUCAGUUUUCAGAGUUCCAAUCCUAUCAACGAUCCCAGAUGCUAACCGAGAGCGUCCAAAACAACGAGUAUUGGCAUGACCUGUUUCAGGACUUUGUGCCUUGUACAUUCCCAAACCUGUGCUCUUCCAGGCUGCAUGACCGACCCAGGAGCGCAAUAUCUGUUCCCUUGUCAAUUUCUUACCGCCAGCUUUCCGAAAUUGCAUUGUCAUUGCGCUGCAGUCGAGAGACUAUUCUGGAAUCUGCGUGGGCUCUUAUAUUGGCCUUAUGUCUCAACAACCAGGAUGUUGCGAUUGGAGUCGUUUCUGCGAAUCGCCAUAUUCCCCUCCUAGGGGUCGAAACAAUUAUUGGGCCUUGCCUGUCGACCAUGCCUUUGCGUGUCGACAUCCACUCGCUGAUGACGGCGCACGACCUUAUCAACCAUAUUCAAAGACAACGUUCUCGUUCCCUGAAAUAUGGGAAUGUAACUCUUCGAGACAUCAAUCGUGCAGCAGGCGUCACGCCUGGACACCGGUUGUUUGACACUUUGUGCGUGUGGCAAGAAGGCAAUGAAGACCGUGGGAGGGACCGUUCCAAGGUGACUACCACUAAAACUUUUGAUGCUUUGGACUAUGCCGUCGUCUUAGAAUUUGAGCCCCGUGGAGAUCAGGUUCACCUGAAACUGACCGUCAACCAAAACUUGAUGCCCGAACCACACGCAAAGCUCUUAGCUGCUCAGCUGGAUGACAUUACCAUUCAAAUGGUGAAAAACCCCCAGUCGAGACUGGAUUGCUUGUGGGAAAUGUCCAACGAAAAUAUCAUGUCGACGGCUAACACUCAAUACGCAACCUUCAAGCGAGACUUCAGUCUCACGACGUCGAUUUCAGAUCUGGCACAAAACCAGCCCGAGAGAGUGGCCGUUGAAUUCGUUCUUGACUUUGACCCAGACACGGGCCGACUCGAGAAGGAGACGCUGACUUAUCGUGAUUUGUUUUCCAAAGCUUCCCUCGUAGCCUCGACGUUGCAGACGUCCUAUGCGAUCCGGGAGAAUGACCUGGUUUGUCUCAUUGCUGCCCGAUCUAUUCCGCUUUAUAUCGGCAUUCUUGGAAGUAUCAUGGCCGGUGCAGGUUACAUGUGCAUCGAUCCUCGCACACCAGCAGACAGGAUCCGCCAGAUCUGGAACGAAUCCAAAGGCAAAGUUGCGUUGACAGACCAAAGCCUCGAUUCUACCGUCACGUCUCUGGCACAAAACGCUGUGCCCAUAACCGAUGUACUAGACCGGCACAUACCGGGCGAACAAAGUUUCCCUGACCUGAGAGAAGAUCAGCUAGCAUACGCUGUUUUCACUUCCGGCAGCACCGGUGUCCCCAAGGGUGUCCUCAUUACGCGAAAGAAUCUGUUGAGUAACCUCGGACAUCUGUCACGGCUCUACCCAUGUGUGCCUGCCGAGGACCGAAUCUUGCAAGCCUGUUCUCCAGCAUUUGAUGUUUCGGUCUUUGAGAUCUUCUGGACCUGGCAUAUGGGAAUGACUUUAUGCACAGCUUCCAACGACGUCCUAUUCCGAGAUCUCGAACAAUUCAUAGAUAAACUCAACGUCACCCAUCUCAGCAUGACGCCCUCAGUCGCUGCAUUGGUCCGUCCUCAAAAUGUUCCGCGAGUGAAAUUUCUCGUUACGGCAGGAGAGCCCAUGAAUUCGAAGGUUUUCACGGAUUGGGCCGGCCGCGGUUUGUAUCAGGGAUAUGGCCCCAGCGAGACGACGAAUAUAUGCAAUAUUCGACCCAAGGUCUCGAGGCUCGAUGCUGCCAAUAAUGUCGGGCCUGCGUUGUCCAAUACAUCUAUUUUCGUUUGCCAGACACAAAAGACAGUAUCUACACAUGCUCUUCACAAUUCUGGAGAAGUUUCUCUCACUUUUCGACUGGUACCGAAAGGUGGAGUCGGCGAGAUCUGGAUUGGCGGAGAACAGGUUGGCCGUGGCUAUAUUGAUCCCGCACUCACCGCGAAGAGUUUCUUGGACCAUCCACAAUACGGACGACUUUACCGUUCCGGGGACAUUGGAAGACUCCUAGCUGAUGAUUCGCUGGUGAUAAUGGGCCGAGAGGAUGACCAGGUCAAGCUACGAGGCCAGCGUAUUGAGCUAGGAGACAUUGAUUCUUCGUUGGUGAGGUGUGACGAAGUUGAAGAUGCAGUGACCAUGAUUAUCCAGGUGGCAGAUGAGAUUUCUAGGCUUGUCUCUUUCUGGACCCCUCGCCAGCCAGACAGCACGUCAUCGCUUUCGAAAUCGACCAGCACGCUUUAUGCACAACUAAGAAAAGUGCUGCCCAGCUACAUGAUACCCGAUACGCUAUUACGCCUCGAUCAGAUUCCGUUGACCCGACAAGGCAAGAUCGAUCGCCAAGCUAUGAUUAGCUUUUAUCAAGGACUCGACUCUGAACAUCUUCAAGCAGUAUCAAGAGAUUCUGAUCCCUCAGGAGGUGCGCAUGAUCUUUCUGAGUCUGAGCGUCGAAUGGCCCAGAUCAUUUCGGACAUCCUUGGUGUCCGGUUGGAGAUUAUCAAACGCAAUAGCUCAUUCUAUGCUCUUGGUCUCGAUUCGAUCAAUGCGAUACGCGUGGCUCGAUCUCUGAAAGAGAAUGAUGUUUCGGGUGUGGAGAUCUCCACGCUGUUGCAAAAUCCAUCCAUUGGACAACUGAUGGCCGUUCUCAAGUCAGACGAAGAAGAGGUCUCAAGGACACACCAACAGAAGCCCCUGAGGAACCUCUUCGAUGACAAGCGGAAAGACGAAAUCAUCGACAUCUACGCUCGAGCAGGAUUGAAGGUUGAGAAGUUCCUGCCCUGUACGCCGCUUCAGGAAUCCAUGGCAACCAGCUCGAUGAAUUCUUCCUCGCGGGCAUACCAGAAUUCUCUUCGUUUCAAAAUAUACGGGGACAUGGUCAGAUUACGAGAAGCGUGGAGUCGUGCAAUUUCCAGACAUCAACUUCUCCGAACAGGUUUUGCUUCGAUGGAUUCAGCCGAAACACCCUUUGUCCAGGUGGUUUUGGAGAGCUUCGAACUUCCCUGGAUGGAUGAAGACGCUCGCGGUCAUGCAAAAUCGGACCUCGACUUCUUGAUGCUCCCCCCUUGGAGCGUGAGAUUGGACAAAGAUGGCAACAAUUACCAAUUGACCCUUGAGAUCCAUCAUUGUCUCUACGAUGCGGAGGCCUUGUCGAUUCUCCUGUCCGAAAUUGAAUCAUCUUACCAUGACCGUCCACUGCAACCUCCCAUUGCGUUUGAUACUUAUCUGUCAUUCAUGGAAGACUCCAAAUCUCCUGAUACUGACCACUUUUGGCGCAAGACGCUGUAUGAAGUGUCUGCUUGCCGGCUCGACGAGCUCAUACAGGCUGAAGACAAACUCGGAGGCGGGAAAACUUCCACUGUGGUGCGUGAGGCCACUCUCGGCGUGUCCGAGUUUCAGAAAUGUGUACGAAGGAUUUCCUCGACCGCUUUGGCAUUAUUUCAGGCGACUUGGAGUAGGCUUCUUUUCUCAGUCUUCCAAAGAGAAGAUGUCUGCUUUGGGAACGUACUAAGUGGUCGUAAUCUACCCAUCGAAGGUAUUGAUCGACUAGUCGCACCAUGCUUCAAUACUGUGCCAACGAGGACUCAUCUGCAGCGGGGAGAUUCCAACAGCGAUUUGUGCCAUAAUAUUCAGCAGAUGAAUAUAGAGGUUCUUCCCUAUCAGCCCAGUUCGCUUCGCCGAAUUCAACGGCAAAGUGUUUUACAAGGCAAAGCUUUGUUUGAUACGUUGCUUCUGCUCCAGCAAGAUGAAUUACAGUUGGAUCAUCGAAUUUGGACUCUCCUUGAAGACUCUGGAGACAUGUCAUUCCCUUUCAUCCUUGAAAUCGUAAUGAACACGAGGAAUGAUGGCAUUUCCCUCAAGUUACAUUCCGAAGCCGCCAAAACGGCCGUUCUGACCCAGCUCCUAGAAUGCUUUGACUUACUCCUUUCACAUACGUCCAAAUUCCCCCAAGCGCGAGCGCUAGAUUCUUCUGUUGUCGAUCAGAAAUUGCCAACACUAAAAAGUCCCGAGGGGAUAUCUCACCUGCACGUCGCAUCAACCCAGAAUCUCACAAAUGGGGCUCAUGAUACAGCAGAAGAGCUAUCAGAUGAUGAAUUGCUUGUCAAGGAGGUGCUAAGUCAAUUCAAACCCGACCUCUCAACGAGAUUGACCAAAGACACCACGAUAUUUCAACUGGGGUUUGACAGCAUCAACGCUGUUCAAAUUGCCGCAAGACUCCGGAAACAGGGGAUCAGCGUCUCGAGUGCGGACAUCUUGGAAGCUGCCAGUGUUGGACAAAUUGCUGCGCUUUGUGAUUCAACGAAAGAGGAACACCAAAAGCUCACGCCCUUCGAUACGAGCGCAUUUGAUGAGAAACAUCGCAAGCUCCUUUGCUUGAAUAAUGACAUCGACGAAGCAGAAGUUGAAUCGAUACGUCCAUGCACACAUACUCAAUCAGGAAUUCUGUCACAAUAUCUUCGCUCAAACCGUCGCCUGUACCUCAACAAAAUUUACUUACGCCUAGACAAUGACAUCGACCUUUCAAGGUUGAAAGAAUCGUGGAUAGUCGCAAAGAAGACCCAUGAGAUGCUCCGGACGGGGUUCGCGGAGACCGACCAUCCUCAAAUUCCGUUUGCGAUGGUCACCUAUCGCCCAGAUGCUAGACAGCUCCCUUGGUUAGACAGCACAAGUUCACCCACUCAAGACGGCGCUUCGACAAAGUGGAACGAUGGAGGUGUUCUCGCAGAGCUACCGUGGGAAUUACAAGUCUCCACGACGGGUGCAUCUAUGUCCCUCGAACUUUCGAUUUUGCAUGCCCUGUAUGAUGCACAAUCCCUGGACAUCAUUUUGAGAGACGUUGCUUGUAUGUACAGGGAUAUACAACCUCCCAAGCCAAUUGCGCCCUCUCCGGUUAUUUCACAGAUCUUAGCCAUGAGCAGAGACGAAGGCUCAAAGCCAUUUUGGUUGGAGCUUUCGGCUGACCUCUGCUCAACCCGUUUUCCCGACAUGAAGAUCUAUAGCAACAAAAGUGAAUCAUUCCGCGUCACUUCCGAACAAUGCCGUUUGUCUCAGACGGCUCUCGAAAAAGCUUGCGCACUUAUCGGGGCAACCACUCAAGCUGUGUGCGUCAGCGCGUGGUCCGUCAUCCUCUCCGCAUACACGGCUCAGACUCAUGUCACGUUCGGAAUCAUUCUGUCUGGCCGAGAUUUCAAUGAAGAGGGCGACAACGAGGUCGCCUUUCCUUGCAUCAACACUGUGCCAUUUGCAAUUGAAGUGUCACAAGAUCUCCCAGAUCUUUUGAAAAGAACGGUCAAACGCUGUGCUGGAGUGAUGAAACAUCAAUAUACCCCUCUGAGCUCGAUCAAGCGUUGGGCUGGAAUUGAAGAUGAGCUCUUCGACACGGUCAUGGUCCUGCAAAAAUCUAGUUCUGGCCGCGGACCCCAGAGACCAUGGACACAGGUCAAAGAUGACGCAACUGCUGAAUAUGCCGUGUCGAUAGAAAUAAUUCCUCGCGAGGAUGAUAGUUUGGACUUCCAAUUGACCUUUCGCGAGAGUAUUGUCCCCCCCGAGCAAGCUGCUUACAUCCUACAGGAAUUUGGUGCGGUAAUCGAGUGCAUCUUGAAUCCAACGCGUGGUCGAAGGCUGGCCGUACCCAAUUCACUGCUGUCCGUUGUUCCGGCCAAGGACGAGCGAAUUGGCACUGAGAUACGCCACCUCCAUGGAUUGGUCGAGUCAACGGCGAAGAAGAGCCCAGAUAAAAUCGCCUUGGAGUUUGUCUCGAGCAUAAAUGGCUCUACUGUGGCGAAGCAGUCUUGGACAUACUCUCAGUUGAAUGCCAGUGGAAACAAGAUUGCUCAUUUACUCCAAGAUAACAAGGCCCAGGUCGGAGAACUGAUAGUGGUCUGCUUUGAAAAGUGUCCAGAAGCUUCAUUUGCCAUAUUGGGAGUGCAGAAGGCGGGUUGUGGCUAUCUUGCCAUUGAUCCUGGAGCUCCAAAAGCGAGAAAAGAAUUCAUCCUCCGUGACUCGGGCUCGAAGGUGGUGCUGACUACCCGGGACAAGAAGCCAGAUUUUCCUCUUUCCAACGAUCUACGUGUGAUAGCGGUUGAUGACGGUCACUGGCAGAAUCUUUCGGAUCAAACCCCAGUGCUCUCGAGGGACCUGGAUCCUCAAGACAUUUGCUACUGUCUGUAUACCUCGGGAACGACGGGGACGCCAAAAGGAUGUCUCAUUAGCCAUGACAGCGCAGUCCAAGCAAUGCUGUCUUUUCAGCGGAUCUUUGAAGGCAGGUGGAAUGAAUCAUCUCGGUGGCUACAAUUUGCAUCGUUUCAUUUCGAUGUAAGUGUCCUGGAGCAAUAUUGGAGCUGGAGUGUAGGAAUCCGUGUUACCUCGGCCCCUCGAGACCUGCUUUUCGAAGAUCUGCCCGGAACAAUCAACGCCCUGAAAAUCACACACCUUGAUCUCACCCCAAGUCUCGCCCGAAUGCUUUCGCCGGAAGAUGUGCCGAGCCUGUGUCAGGGGGUGUUUAUUGUGGGAGGUGAGCUAGUUCGACAGGACAUUUUGGAGACCUGGGGCGAUACCGGAUGUCUGUACAAUUUCUACGGCCCAAGUGAGGUGACCAUCGGCUGUACAGUGCACAGACAAGUCCCCAAAGGGGCAAAACCUACAAAUAUUGGCCAACAAUGGGACAAUGUCGGUUCUUUCGUAUUAGAUCCAACCUCACAGAAUCCAGUUCUCCGUGGUGCGAUCGGCGAGCUUUGCCUCUCGGGACCGUUAGUUGGGAAAGGCUAUCUCAACCGGCUCGACCUCACUGCAAAUAAAUUUGUCACUCUACGGGACCACAAAGCUAGAGUCUACUGCACGGGGGAUCUUGUUCGGCUCUUACACGACGAUAGCUUUGAGUUCUUGGGUAGGAUAGACGACCAAGUCAAGCUGCGUGGACAGCGAUUGGAAAUUGGCGAGAUCAAUCACGUAGCGAUGAGUGCGUCAACGAGCCUCCAAGAUGCGACCACCAUGGUUCUAAAGCACCCGACACAACAAAAAGAGCAAUUGGUGACUUUCUUUUCGACUACACAGAGCCGGAAGCAGUCUGAAAACCCAUCGAUCAUGUCGAACAAGCAGACAAAGGACUUGGCAGCGAAGAUUCAACGAAAGUGUGCGGAUCAAUUGCCAGCGUAUAUGGUGCCCACAUAUUGCUUAGGGGUAUCCUCUUUACCCUUGUCUGUCAAUAACAAGGUGGAUCACCAAUCGUUAAAGGCUCUCUACGAACGUGCCUCACUGGACUCUGGACACCAAGAAACCAACGGGGGGAGAGGACUGGAAACCGGUAACUCUGAAGCGGUCAGGAAUGUGAUAAAGGUUCUGGCAACGUUCCUGCAAAUUCCCACGGCAAGCGUCACGCCAACGUCAAGGCUUUUCGAACUUGGCUUGGACUCCGUGUCAGCCAUUGGGCUUUCCCGGUCUUUCAGGAAGCAAGGCUUCCAAAAUAUAGAUGUGGCUACAAUUCUCAGACACCCUGUGGUCACAGACUUGGCGAGAGUUGUCAAUCGGCCAGCUACUUUUGAUCACAAUCAAUCGGUGGCGGUCGCUCGAAGCCAUAUCCAGUCAUUUGCGGAGGCUCAUCACAACGUGAUAAGCCGAGCACUCGAAGUCACAGGAGAAGAAAUCGAAUACAUUGCUCCGUGUACACCGUUACAGGAAGGGAUGGUUUCCAAAGUCAUGCGUGCGGAGCCCGAAGAUACUGUGUACUUCUCAUGCUUUAUGUUCAAACUCAACGUUACCGUUGAAAUUGGCCGAUUAAGAGACGCGUGGAACUCUGCACAACAAGCAAUAUCCAUAUUGAGAACUCAUUUUGUCCCCACCGAGGAUGGAUUUGCUCAAGUCGUUCUCCGAAAAGGGGUGAACAGUCCCAUCCUGAAGGAUAUCGAAAAUGGAAAAACGAAGGACGACAUUGUCCCAGGGUCCACUUCCAAGGAUUGGGCAAGAUCUGUCAAAGCAUUCGGCAGGUCAACACCAUGGAAAGUUCAAAUCACGACCUCAGGGAAGGAAAAGUGGCUGGUGAUCCACAUCUUUCAUGGGCUUUACGACGGAGUGAGCCUGCCACUGUUAGUAAAUCUGGUCAAGAGACUCUAUGAUCACCCUCAAGAGACACCGAAACUCGACAUGCAAUUCUACGAGGCUCUGCCUUACGGGCCCUUACGUGCUAUGCCCGACGAGGAGGAAUUCUGGAAAUCAGCACUGUCGACAUUGAGGCCCUUUAAGCUAUCAUUGGCCAAUUCAAGGACUGACGCAGAGGCCCGUUUCCAUUUUGUACGGGACGAAAUAGCCCAUGUUGAAGUAAAGGGCUUAUGCAAUAAGCUGAACGUUACUGCUUCGGCCUUUUUUGAGGCUGCACUGUUGUAUUCUUUGUACCAGAUGUUCAAAGUUAACCCUUCGAUUGGUGUUGUGGUAUCUGGUCGAGCAUUGGAGAAUACGAACUUCGAAGAAGUGAUAGGUCCCAUGUUUAAUACAAUUCCUUGCGCUAUCAAUCAACUUGACAACGGAUCGACCGUUGUGGACCUCAUUCAAGCUUGCCAUCGUUUUAAUGUGGACGUUCUCCCCUAUCAACACACGCCGUUGCGGAGAAUUGCAAAACAUCUUGGGCUGGAUCCCCACAGAGGAUUGUUUGACAUCCUUUUUGUCUUCCACAAAAGCCGGCAAGACGUUGGACAGAGCGAUUUAUGGCAAGAAGUUUCUGCAGAGAGCGUACCUGAUUAUCCUCUCAACAUAGAAGUGAAGGAGGAAGAGGCUUCUUUCCAAGUCGCUGUGGUUACCAGGUCGGAAUAUCUGAGCAGGGAAGAUACUAGCCGGCUGCUCGAAAUGUACCUUGACACCGUUCAAAAUGCACAAAUGGAGUCAGUGCUUCCUGACGCCUUCUAUGGAGCGGGCGCCAAUCGAAUAGUCAACGGAGUCCACAAAAUUGAGGACUCCAAGUCAAGCAGCCCAUCAGAUUCAUUGGAUCAAAGGUCCAAUUGGACGGAAACCGAAAUCACUGUUCGAACUCAACUUGCAGAGUUAGCUUCGGUGGAGGAAGACACAAUUCGUCUCAACCGGCCUACCAUUUUUGAAUUGGGCCUUGACAGUAUCGAAGCGAUGAAGCUUGCUACUCGACUUAGAAAUAUCGGAUUGAAAGUUGCCAUGAGUGCCAUCCUAAAGUCUCCCACGGUCGCCGGUAUUGCUCGGGAGAUCUCCUCAGAUAUCGAGCUUCGUUCAAAAUCGACUGGAGGGGAAGAUCAACCCUCUAUCGCUCAGCUGCAAGAGAGCUAUAGACACAUUCUACAAAAUCACGGGAUCGAUCUCGAGAAUGUCGAACGGAUCUGGCCGGUUACGCCAAUGCAGGAAGGCUUGCUGGCUGAAUCUCACAAGUACUCAAAUAUCAUGGUCUUCAAAGUGAAUCCCGGAACCGAUAUAAAGAAACUGAUCGAAGCAUGGAAUACCGUUUCUCAAACGCAACCUACCAUAAGGACAAGGUUUGAAACAGUUGAUGUUGUCGACAGCCAUGAGGCUUUCGUCCAGUACAUUGUAAAAUGUCGAAACUCAGUGACGGUUGUGCACGACAUAAACGUGACGGAUGUGGUGAAGAACUUGGAAGAAGAUGAUAUCGGGAUAGAUCUCAAGUCCCAGUACAUCAAAAUAAGAUUCGUCAUUAGUCGAAAUGGCCCAUCAUUUCUGGUUCUUGGGAUGCCACAUGCUCUGUAUGAUGCGUGGUCGUUACAUCUACUACAUCGGCAAGUGGCAGAGAUAUACGAUUCUCCGAUGAUCAAAGAACAAGGUGCUGCGGUCGGCCAAUGCGAAAAGCAUCUCGAGGAGGUGAUCAACCGUUCUCAAAAUCCCCAGUCGCAAGACUUCUGGCGGAGUCAACUGUCAGAUGUCCAGCCUAGCCCAUUCAGACAGAAAAGAGGCAGCCAAAAUCAUCCUCUGCCAGCCUUCUUACUCCAGAAGCCAUCAUCCAGCGCCAAACUCGACAAAGUGUUGACAUUUUGCAAGCAACAAGGGAUCGCUCUUCAAUCUUUAGGACUGGCGUGCUGGACUAUUGCUUUGGCACACUACUCUCAUCAGAUCGAUGUAUGUUUUGGUGUGGUUCUGUCCGGCCGCACCACGGAAGGUUCAGAGAACCUCAUUUUCCCAACCUUCAACACUGUCGUCUUCAGACCGAUGAUCGAUGAAGACAACACCACGUCCCAAGUCCUGAAGAAAGUCCACAAUGCCGUGGUACGGGUUUCGGAAUAUCAAAACUUCCCACUCCGUGAAGCAAUCCGCUUGGCCAGAGAACAGGGAGUUAGCUCAACAUUGUUCGACACAUUGUUCACGUUUCAAAAGCUACCCAGUGAUGAGAAUGCCUCAUCAAGACUGUACGAGGAGGUAGCGGGAGAUGAAACUACCAUCAAACCUCCAUAUCCUAUCAACAUCGAAUUUGCAGGCCAAGAAAACGAGUUGAGGUGGACGAUAGCCUGUCAGGAAGGUGUUUGUCCAAAGCAGUUCGGCCAAACCCUAUUGCGGCAGCUCGACGAAAUAUUGUUGGCCUUCAUGAACGAACCUGAUCGACCUCUCGUGAAAGAAGUUGGUGAUGGAGUUUCAGUUUGUGGGUUGCCAGUGAUAACUUUGACGGCCAACGAGAAGACUCUGGUCGAGGAGGUGUCGCAGAAUUCCGCGGACGAAAGAGAGGCUCAAAGUCAUGAAACCUGGAGUUCGACAGAGGUCAUCAUAAGAGAAGUAUUGGCAAGAGUCUCCAAAUCGGAUAGACAACGUAUCAAGAAGACUACUGGAUUCUUCCACCUCGGUCUGGACAGUGUCAGUGCGAUCAAAGUCGCCAAUCUGCUGAAGAAAGAAGGCCUCAAAUUACCCGUGAGUGAAAUCAUCAAAGCCCAGACAAUCGAGAAAAUGGCAGCGGCGGCAGAGCAGUUGAAGAUCGAUGCUCCCGCAGUUGUGAAUGGGCCACCAGAUAUGUUUUCAAUGUCUCCAGAUUUCCCAAACAGUCUGUCGAUACCCAAAGAUGAUGUUGAAGCCAUUAUUCCCUCCUCUGCUGGUCAGAUAUACAUGCUCGACAUGUGGUUGGCAAGCGGUGGCCGCUUGUUCUAUCCAACAUUUUGGCUACAAGUAUCCGGUGCUGCGGUUGAAGCCGUUCGGAGAGCAAUGGACCAGCUCGUCUCAGAGAUACCGAUCUUGAGGACAACAUUCAUCAAUCACAACGAGGGUGGAAAACCAGGCACCUGGCAGGUAGUCUUGAAGAGUUCUGCCGCCAAAAGGUACCAGCUGCCCUGGUCGCUUCACCUUGAAAAAUCCACGCAUGGGACGUUGGUCGCCAUCCGUAUCCACCAUGCUCUGUACGAUGCUGUAAGCUUUCCACUUAUUCUUUCAGAGCUCCAAAGACUAUGCAAGAACGUCAACUUGCACACCCCGCUGCACACCAACACUAGUGAUUUCGUAUCCAAGACAUUGGCAAAUGUCCAGGAAGCGGAAGCAUUCUGGAUCAACUAUCUAGGUUCAGGUUAUGGAACUUACCAUACCAUUGAUAAAGGCUCUUUCAGAGCAACGCGGAUUGAGAUGUUCCAUCCCACGGUCCUGGAAAUCCAUGAUCUGGGUCAAAGUCUAAAAUAUUAUGGUAUCAGCAUCCAAGCACUGUUCUUCGCAGCAUAUGCAAAUGUCUAUUCUAGACUUCUUCGAGAGUCCGGUCGACGAACCAGGAACGAUGGGGCUCGAGAUGAAGUGAUUAUCGGCAUCUACCUCGCGAAUCGAUCCCUCGACGUCGAUGGAGUCACAGGACUGAUUACACCAACAUUCAACAUCGUCCCGUUGAGAGUUCAACUGGGUGAAAAGACCCUUGUUGAGACCGCCCUGCAGAUCCAAAGUGACUUGGUUGAGAUCACCAAGAUGGAGAACUGCACGGUCAGUAUGAGGCAGAUUCACGCAUGGACACACAUCAAAGUCGACACCUUUGUCAAUUUCCUCUCCCUUCCUCACGACGAUCACGAUUCAGUCGCAGAAACCACUUCUGGACAAGACAUUGAUGGCCGGGUAGUGAGGGUGAUACGUGCAACUGUUUCCUACGAAGAAAAGUCCCGGAGGCUAGAAGAAAAUCUUGACUCGCCAUCGCCAUUCUUCGACAACGAGGGCGAAGAACACGAAAAUACAACCAUAUGGUGUUUGCCCGCCAUCGACAUAGAAGCCAAAAUCUCCGAAGCUGGACACCUUGGAAUCGGCGUCUUUGCGCCAGAAGACAUGCUUUCCGCAUCCCAGGCAGAGGGAAUCAUAGAUGAGAUGAGAAGCCUGAUGGGAGAUUUUCCCUAG